AUGUCAGCCUCCAAACCAACCAUCGUUCUUGUCCAUGGCGCAUGGCACGGGUCGUGGUGCUGGAAGUUCCAAACCCCGGCGCUCGAGGCACUUGGCUACGCUAUCGAAACGGUGGACAUGCCCUGUACCAGCAGCGUCGCUGGAACAACGCAGUUUGACGAUGCCGCGCGCGUGCGAUCUGUCGUGGAAUCACUAUUGACGGAGGGUAAGCGAGUCGCUAUAGUCGCGCAUUCGUACGGCGGACCGAUUGCCAGCGCCGCCAUCAAGGGCCUGCUGGAUAACCGCAACCUUCUAGGCAUGAUCGCAUUGUGUGCAUACAUCUUUCCUAGUGGAAUGGACCAAGGUGCAGCCAUUCGCAGUAUUGGGGGCCUGCCCUAUGUAAAUUGGGACUCCCCAACCGAGGGCCUGUUCGUCACCAAAGAUCCGGGAAGCUUGUUCUUCCCCCCAGACGUGUCUCCGGAUCUCGUCGAGUGGGCUGUUCCACAGCUGAGUCCGCAGAGUAUGGCGGCCAAUACGGGCAUUGUGCCUCCUCAGGCCUGGCAGGAUGAUGGCUAUCCCGGCCGGCUGGGUUAUAUCAGGUGCACCGAGGACAUGGUCAACCCGCUCGCGCAGCAGAAUACAAUGAUUGAAGGCGCCGGGGGCAGCGAUAAAUGGGUUAUCCGGACAUUGGAAGGUUCUGGUCAUAGUCCGUUUCUGUCGCGGCCAGCUGAGGUUGCUGCGGCGGUGGAUGAGAUUGUGAAGCAGUUUGAAGCAGGGGUACCGAGUAAAUAG